AUGUGUUCUAUCGCCUACUAUGUCCAUCCGGGUUGCCACUGUCGCUGGCUCCGCAUAACACGUCGCUGUGCCCCAGGCCGCGGCUUCUCGACCUGUCCUCACCUCCUCGACGGCACCGCCAGGCUUGUUCCACCGGCCUAUCGCUCACGGCUGCCCGGCUUCGUCCCCGGUGGCUCUGCUUCCGCCGUCGAUGCUGCGUUUCUGCUGCUGCCACCGCCCUCGUCGGCCUGUCCGCUGCACGACCUGCACGGUUGUUACGACCGCAACGACAUUCGACGCGUGCUGGACGUGCAGAACGGCAUGCGAUGGGGGUCCGGGCCAAACAGGGAAGACGUAGGCGUCGAGUGGAACUGCUGCAUUCUUUAG